AUGUCACCGGUGUCGUCAUGUGUAUCGCAGCUUCUUCUACUCAUAUUAGUCGCACAAAUCCUCCCUAGACCCUCUGAGUCUUGUGAACUCUUUUGGAGUUCUCGACAGAGCCUCGGAUAUGAGCAGGGGAUCCAGCUUCAAGUUUGCUGCAAUGUGACAAGUGUGAAGAUCUGGGGCAUACAAAAACCGUCAAAUUUCAAGAUCUCUCGAGUUGUGUACGAGGCCGAAUUCCCGAAAGUCGCGGAUGAUAUGUAUUCAGAGUUGCAGCUGUCGCUUUGCUCCGAUCGACCGGAACCAACGAUUGGUUGGGUGGGGGCGAAGCCUGGAGUUCAAUGCACCUACAGCACCGGUCAAACCCUGAACAUUCCACAUGGAGCAUUUGCAAUACCCGAUUGGUAUGUGAUCUGCUACAGUAUGAACGACGGUUGUCAAACAUGCAGGCUUGAUAUUCUAUGCGAAAAUGAUUUAACUGCCGCAUGCGCGGAUCGGUACAUCCUUGGCUCGUCGCCGAGAGCUUCGAACGAGAGCAUCGACUAUUGGGUUAAGGCCGGUGUCGACUUCCCAUUUGAGAACUCUUCUCACAUUGAAUUAACAACGACUGUGCAACGAACGCAUGAAGUGGUGGAUGUACAAAUAAUUCCCGCUACUGCUGGUGUGAAAAAGCGCCUCACGAUAAGUGGUCUUGAGCCGAACGAAAUAUACGAUAUCCGACGAUGUAUCGAUAUACAACUUCCUUCAUGGUUAAUAAAGGAUAAACGAUUCAGCUUUAACAGUGUCUCGAAUCGACUUUGUUCAGAGGAAGGUUAUCGAACGCAACCGAAUAGUAGUGCGGUUACUGUAUCGUUCUCUGUUGCGAUGAUAAUAGCAUCGUUAGGAAUUUUUAGGUAG